UGUAGAAGAAGAGAAAGAGGAAAGCAAAAAGGGAUUCAUAGAAUCUCUCAAGGUAUUAGAGGGAGAGCUUGGUGAUAAGCCAUACUUUGGAGGUGAAGCUUUCGGCUUUGUAGACAUUGCUCUGGUCACCUUUUACAGUUGGUUUUACACCUAUGAGACCCUUGGCAACUUCAGUCUAGAGCAAGAGUGCCCCAAGCUAAUUUCAUGGGCCAAGAGGUGCAUUGAGAAAAAUGAAAGUGUUUCCAAGUCUCUUCCUCACCAGCACAAGAUCUAUGACUUUUUUUUGGAUUUGAAAAAGAAGAUAAAUGCAAGAACAUGAGCUUAUUAAUACUAUCAUAUCGGUCAAAUAAAAAAUAAGUUGGAUCUAGGAUCUCUAGUUUAUUUCAAGUCACUUUUCUAUUACAAUAGAUCUAUUUGGUUUAACCUUAUAUGGUGAAGAGGAGUCUCAAAAUAGGGUACUGUGAGAUCCGAAUAGAGAAUUUCCUAUUUAUUUAUGGUUACACUUUGUGUGUAAUUUUUCUUUUUUCUUUUUCGUUCUCUGGUCUAUGGUUGUUUGUGUUUAUGUUUGUUGUCUUUUUAAUUGUAAUAGGGAUAAAAUAAAAUAAAAUAAAAAUAAAAAGGUCGCCUGUAUGUUGGAAAUGCUAUUGUCUUGUUUUUGUCCUAA